AUGGGUAUAUUAUCUGCACUAUCAGCACCAAUGCACAUACGUGAAGAUGGUCUGGUCUUGUUCAUUACUGUCCUUGCUGGAUACCCACUGGCGGUAAUUUAUCGGUCAAUAUUUUACAAUAAAUCAUCUGCUGUACAACAUGUUUACUUUGUAAUUGCUGGUUUAGCACUUUAUCUAUUCAACUAUGGUGCUGCAGCACUUCACAGCAUUCUAAGUAUAUUGCUAGCGUACUGGAUUAUCACAUAUUUUCCAGGGCAGAAAGUUUCGGUUGUGUUAGCACAUUUCGCGUUUUUGGGGCAUUUGUUAAUUGGCUACAGUUAUUCGGAAACUGAUAAUUAUGAUAUCAACUGGACAACAUCGUUUUGCAUAAUGACUUUGCGUUUCAUUGGUCUUGUUAUGGAUGUUUACGAUGGGCGCAAACCAGUGGAUAAACUGGAAACGUAUCAGAUACAGACAGCAAUAAAAAAGCCUCCUGACUUUUUAGAAAUUGCAGCUUUUGGGUAUUUUUUCUGUGGUACCUUUGCUGGACCACUUUUCUCCCUUUCUCGGUUCCGAUCAUUUGUUGCUGGCGAAUAUCUUGAUAACAAGAAAGAAGUACGUGUGUCAGGGUUUAUGCCCAGCCUGGGACGUUUUGUAGCGGCUUGUUUUUACGUGAUUAUAUAUCAAUGGGGAGUCUUAUGGAUACCGAAUGAAUAUUUUAACUCUCCCCAAUUCUUUGCGCUCUCAUUUCGAUGGAAAGUAAUUUGGAUCGUAAUAUGGUUCCGACUUACUAUGUGUCGAUAUAUUUCUGUUUGGCUUUUCACAGAAGGAGCAGCAAUAUUGGCAGGUAUUGCAUAUAAUGGAAAAGAUUCAAAGGGUAACGAUCGUUGGGAUGGUGUACGUGAUGUCCAUAUAAUAAAAUGGGAAUUUGGUUUGGAUUUUCAGAGUGUUAUUGACGGUUUCAAUGUUGGCACAAACGCUUUUGCGAAAAAUCAUUUAUAUCGACGACUCCGAUGGUUAGGUAAUCAAACCUAUAGCCACUUAAUAACGGUUAUUUACCUCGCAAUUUGGCAUGGUUAUCAUCUUGGUUACUUCAUCCUUUUCUUUUUCGAAUUUGCUUGUGUUUUAGCACAAAAACAGUUUUAUUCGUUGCUGAGUAAAUCACCGAAGCUGUCGCACCACUUUGCACAGCCAUAUAUGCUGCCACUAAAAUUUAUUUUUGGACGUAUGGUAGUCAAUGUUUCGAUGGGUAUCGGCUUUCUAACAUUCGGUCUUGUCAAAACACAAUACUGGAUAAGGCCACUUCUUUCUGUGUAUUGUUUCACGCAUAUAUUUUUCAUAUUUAUAUGGCCAUUAUUUUACCGAUAUUUACUGGGAAUAGGAUACAAAGUGGUAAUGAACGUUCGUAAUCAACGAAUAUGUAGUUGA